AUGAUUAGAACUAAUAGAACUAAAAAAAGAAAAAUUAAUCGGGAGCUACAUGAUAUUCAAACAAUAUACUCGGCAAGAGACACAAAUGUUGAAAGCAGUGAACCGGAUUUUGCAAAUGAAGUCUUGCUCUCUACAAAUGGUCUAAUACUUCCAUCAAUGUCUAAUACUUUUUGCCAAAAUAAUACAACUAAAACCACAUAUAUUACAUCUUCUAUAAAUUCAGAAGUUGAAACCCAAGAAGGGGAGGUAGUAAUACAAGAUGAAGAUGAGGUUGUAAUACAACAACAAAUUGAGGUGGUACAAAGAAUUGAAACAAUCAGUACUUUUAAAGAGGAUUUGAUUGCUUGGGCCAUUGAGUGUAAAGUUUGUCAAAGUACUGUAAAUAAAUUGUUGAAGAUCAUGAAAAAAAGAAAUACUAUAAAUACUGAUAAUCUUCCUAGUGACUGUAGAACACUUUUACAAACACCUAUAACAUUAAGUGCUAAUAUUCGUAAUGUUGAUCCUGGAAGUUAUUAUCAUUUUGGAUUGGCAGCAGGGAUUAAAAGAUAUGAUACAUCUAAUUUGAACGACAUAAAAAUUGCUAUUGGCAUUGACGGUUUGCCCUUAGCUAAGAGUAGCAACAGCCAAUUUUGGCCAAUUUUGGCAUUUAUUGUUGAUGAGGCAAAAUAUGUAUUUCCCAUAGGAGUUUAUCACGGAAAUGCUAAACCAAUGGACAGCAAUGAUUUUUUGGCAGAUUUCAUUACUGAAAUUAAAGAUCUUUUGGUUAAUGGCAUUAAUAUUGAUGGUUCUAAUAAAAAAGUAUCUAUUCAUGUUUUUGUGUGUGAUGCGCCGGCAAAAUCGUUUGUCUUGAAAAUAAAAGGACACUCUGGAUUUUAUUCGUGUACUCGAUGUACUCAAGAAGGUGAGUAUUUUAAGAACAGAGUGUGUUUUCCUUAUUCUAAAGAUAAAUCAGAUGAAAGAACCCAUGAAGCUUAUCUUAAUAUGUUAAACGAAGAACAUCAUGUUGGAAAUACAUUAUCACAACUUGUAGAAUUGCCAGGAUUGGAUUUGAUCCAAACAUUUUCAUUAGACUAUAUGCAUUUAGUUUGUCUGGGAGCUGUACGGAAACUUAUUUUACUCUGGUUAAAUAAAGGACCUUUAAAAGUUCGUUUACCAAAUUGUGAUGUCCAUAAACUAUCCAAGUCAUUAUUAGAGAUUAAAUCUUUCAUCCCAUCAGAUUUUGCUAGGAAAACAAGGGAAUUACAAGAUAUUGGUAGGUGGAAGGCCACUGAACUUAGGUUAUUUUUGCUUUAUAUUGGACCAAUUGUUCUAAAAAAUAUGACCAAUAAAGAUGUAUUAACAAACUUUAUGUGUUUGCAUGUUUCUAUGUUGAUAUUACUUAGUCCAAACCGAGCAUGUCACUUAGAGUAUGCGAAAGAACUUUUAGACUACUUUGUUAACACAUUUCAAAUAAUUUAUGGCCGUGAACAUAUAUCACACAAUAUUCAUGGACUUCUACAUUUAACAGAUGAUUACAGAUAUUAUGGACCUCUUGAUAACAGUAGUGCAUUUGCAUUUGAGAAUUAUAUGAAGGAGUUGAAGUCUAAUGUUAGAAAAUAUGAUAAACCUCUCGAACAACUAAUCAACAGAUAUACUGAGUUAUACAACCAACCACAUACGCAUUUAGUAAAAAAUCCAAAACAACACAAAAUGCUUUCUCGACCACAUAGGAAUGGGCCAUUAAUUGAUGAUAUUAAAGGAAUACAAUAUUUUCAGUUAAAUGUUGGUAAAAUAAAAAUUAACAUAUCAGUAGAUAAAGAAAGUUAUAUUUUAACUAAAAAUGAAGAAGUUGUCAAGUGCUUGAAUAUUGUACAUAUCCAAAAUAACAUUGUACUAAUUGGAAAAACAUUUGAAUACAAAACCAUGUUAUAUGAAAAACCAAUGGAUUCAACAAUAUUUGAUAUUUUUAUCGUUAAAAAACUGUCUCAUGAUUUAAAAAUCUGGGAUAUUUCAGAAAUAAAAAAAAAAGUCAUGUUAAUAUAUGAUGGUAUAUCAUCAAUAGCUAUGCCUAUAAUCCAUACAUAA